CUCAAGCCCGCUGUGACAUCAAGAUCAAGGUCAAGAUCAAAACAAGCCUUGCGCCGGGGUCUUGUUUACGUCGUUUUGUGGUGUCACUUGUGCCUCCCCGGCCCCCACGGCACCCCCGGCACACGCGGAGGCUGCCCUGGUCCAGCAGGCUGACCCAGAGGACGAGAGGCAGCCCUGUGGCCGCCUGUGCCACCAAGCGUGUGUCCCAGCAUGCCGCGGUACCUGCAGGCGUGAGAGGUGAUUAGUGGUAGAUGAGAGAGGCGAGGAAGAGCAGCCAUGUAUAACCUGUGUAAGAUAACCCACCCGGCCCUGGGGGUGGAGCUCUCCCUCUACUGCAACUUCUUCAACCACCGCGAGAAGUCCCUGGUGGUGGCCGGCGCAAACAUCAUCCGAGUGUUCCGGCUGGUGGCUGAGCUGCCACCACGGACUGGCCGGCGGGAUGACCCCGCUAACAUCCAAGAAGUCGCACCCCCGAAGGUCAAGCUGGAGUGCAUGGCGACCUACAAACUGCAUGACAACGUGGCGACCAUGGCAUCGGUGUCCCUCUCCCCGCUGCGUGACUCCCUCCUCCUCGGGUUCAGGGACGCCAAGCUCUCCAUCGUUGAGUAUGACCCUUACAACCACAACCUGCGCACCGUCUCUCUUCACUACUUUGAGAAGGAGGACAUUAAGGGUGGGUGGGUGCAGACUGUGGCCCUUCCCCUGGUGCGCGUGGACCCUGAGGCACGGUGCGCUGCCAUGCUUAUAUAUGGCAGGAAGAUCGUCAUUCUGCCCUUCCGCCGCGACCUCAAGGGGGACGAUGCUGACUACAACUCUGCCUUCUCCCGUGGCCCGGUGCUGCAGUCCUACAUCAUUGACCCUAAGGACUUUGAGGCACCGAGCAUUGACAACAUAAUCGACAUGCAGUUCCUUCACGGAUAUUACGACCCAACGCUGAUGCUUCUCUACGAGCCCAUCAAGACCUUCCCUGGGCGUGUUGCUGUGCGGCAGGACACAUGCGCGCUGGCCGCCAUCUCACUCAACAUCCGCCAGCGCCUCCACCCGGUCAUCUGGUCCAUCUCCUGCCUCCCCCACGACUGCGAGAAGCUGCUGCCUGUACCCAAGCCCAUCGGAGGGGUGCUGCUCUUUUCCUGCAACUCCCUCACCUACCUCACCCAGUCUGUGCCGCCCUAUGGAGUAUCCCUCAACUCCAUGGGGGACAAGAAUACAAAUUUUCCCCUUAGGAAGCAGGAGGGGGUGGUGAUCUCGCUCGACUGUGCCCACGGGGAGUUCCUGACGGAGGACCGUGUAGUGAUCUCCCUCAAGGGCGGGGAGCUCUAUGUCCUCACGCUGGUGGCCGACUCCAUGCGCUCCGUACGCAGCUUCCACUUCGACAAAGCUGCCGCAUCCGUGCUGACCUGCAGUAUGUGUGUGUGUGAGGACCAGUACUUGUUCCUGGGCUCACGUCUCGGCAACUCCCUUCUCUUGCACUACACAGAGAAAGAGCUGUGUGACCCCAUGAGAUCCAGGGGCAACGUGUCGUCCGAUCAGGAGCCUCCAGUCAAGAGGAGCCGGCUGGACACUCUGGGUGACUGGAUCGCUAGUAACGUGGAAGACAUACGGGAUGACGAUGCCCUUGAGGUGUACGGCCAUGAAGACACGUCCACCGUUCAGGUCACUACAUACAGCUUUGAGGUGAUGGACAGCUUACUCAACAUCGGGCCGUGCGGGGACGUGGCCAUGGGAGAGCCGGCCUUCCUGAGUGAGGAGUACGACAACUCAGUGGACCCGUGCGUGGAGCUGGUCACCACCUCGGGCCACGGAAAGAACGGUGCGCUGUCCAUCCUCCAGCGCUCCAUCAAGCCACAGGUGUUGACAACCUUUGACCUGCCAGACGUGGAGGACAUGUGGACGCUGGUGGGGAAGGUGGAUGAGCGGAGGAGGCGGGAAACGGGGCUCCUCGACCACUCCUUCCUCAUCCUGUCCCGGUCUGACUCGUCCCUCAUCUUGCGGACCGAGGAGGAGAUCAAUGAGCUUGAGGAGUCGGGCUUCAACACGACCUCCAAGACGGUCUUCGCCGGCAACAUGGGAAACAACAGAUACAUUGUGCAGGUUACCAGCGGGGGCGUGAGGCUUCUGGAGGGGACGGUUCAGCUCCAACACCUCCCUGUGGACGUGGGCAGCCCCCUGGUGACGGCAUCCCUGGCCGACCCCUACCUGUCGGUGCUGGCCCAGGACGGCACGCUUAUGAUCUUCACGCUGGCCACCACUCGCGCCGCCGCCCCGAGACUCUCCCCGGCCAAGCCCAUCAACACCGGCAGGUCACCGCUGCAAACCAUCUGCGCGUACUGUGACGUGUCGGGGCUCUUCACCACACAGUACCCUCAGGACCGCGAGAAGAACCCUACGAUCUUCCGCUCCGACGCCGACAUCAAGAAAGAACUGGACGACGAGGAUGAAAUGCUCUACGGCAACACAGACAUCUCCGUGUUCGACCCGCCCAAGACCUUCGACCCCCAGGCAGGGCAGGAGAAGACCAAGAACGACUGGUGGAGGAAGUGGCAGAAGGAGAUCCGUCCCUCGUACUGGCUGGUGGGCGUGAGGGAGAACGGGGACCUCGAGAUAUACACACUUCCCGAUUUCAGGAUGUCCUACUGUGUUAAGAACUUCUGGUUGGGCCAGCGAGUGUUAAUGGACAGCUCGACGCUCACCUCCGCAUCCCAGGCAGCUCCGAGUCUGGACCUAAACAUCCCCACCAUCCAUGAGGUCCUGCUGGUGGGAAUGGGCAACAGGAACCUUCGCCCUGUUCUCAUGGCUCGUGUGGAGGAGGACCUGGUUAUGUACGAGGUGUUCCCCUUCUACGAGAACCUGGCGCCCACACAACUUAAGAUCAGGAUGAGGCUGAUCGAGCACAACUUGAUUCUGCGGGAGAAGCGGUCGAGCCGGAACAGGAGGAAGGCCGAGGAGGAAGGCAGCAACGCACAGGAGAGGAAGAUAGAGCGUGUGUGCAAGCUUCGGGCCUUCAGCAACAUCAGCGUGUACAGUGGGGUGUUUGUGUGCGGCCCAUACCCACACUGGAUAUUCAUGACGGUGCGUGGGGAGCUGCGUUACCACCCCAUGAGUGUGGAUGGCUCCGUCAAGUGCUUCGCCCCUUUCAGAAACAUCAACUGUCAGAAUGGAUUCCUCUACUUCAACCGCAAGGACUCCCUAAGGAUCUGUCUGCUGCCCACCAUCCUCUCCUACGAUGCCCCAUGGCCUGUCAGGAAGGUUCCGCUGCGCUGCACUCCGCACUUCAUCGUCCACCACCUGGAGACCAAAACCUACUGUGUUGUCACCUCCAUCUCUGACCCGACCCUCAAGAUAUGGAAGUUUAACGGCGAUGAUAAGGAGGAGAUACUGGAGGAGCGGGACGAGAGGUUCAUCCAGGUUCAGGCGCCCUUGUUCUCCAUCCAGCUCUUCUCCCCGGUCAACUGGCAGAUGAUUCCAAACACAGAGUACGUCCUGGACCCCUGGGAACACGUCACCUGCUUCAAGAACGUCAUCCUGGCCUACGAGGGUGAUCGCUCUGGCCUCAGGGGAUACCUCGCCCUCGGCACCACCUACUGCUUUGGCGAGGACAUCACGUGUCGCGGCCGCAUCCUGAUCUUUGAUGUGAUAGACGUGGUGCCAGAGCCGGGCCAGCCACUCACCAAGAACAGGCUCAAGAUGCUGUACGAGGGGGAGCAGAAGGGCCCCGUCACUGCCCUGGCUCACUGCUGCGGGCUCCUCGUCUCCGCGAUCGGGCAGAAAGUGUACAUCUGGCAACUCAAGAACACAGACCUGGUGGGCAUGGCAUUCAUCGACACCCAGGUCUAUACCCACCAGCUGACCUGUAUCAAAAGUCUCAUUCUGGGCGCUGACAUCUGCAAGUCCGUCUUUCUGCUGCGCUUCCAGGAGGAGAACCGAACGCUCUCCCUGGUAGCCCGUGACCACAAGCCGCUGCAGGUGUAUGGCGUGCAGUACCUGGUGGAUAAUACCUCGCUGGCGUUCAUCUGCGGCGACGCGGAUAAGAACCUGGUGGUGUUUACGUACAACCCGGAGUCCCACGAGAGUGCUGGCGGCACGAGACUCAUCAGGAAGGGAGACUUUCACCUCGGGUACCAGGUCAACUCGUUCUUCAGGAUACGUUGCCGCCUGGGGGAUGUGUCCGGGGAGCGUCGCAGUGGGCAGAACAUCGAGCGGCGGCACAUCACCAUGAUGGCCACGCUGGACGGCUCGCUGGGCUACUGUCUUCCUGUCAGUGAGAGGACCUACCGGCGCUUCUCCAUGAUCUACAACCUCCUCGUCCAGCACCUCCCUCAUAUAGCAGGCCUAAACCCCAAGGCCUGCCACACCUCACAGUCACGCCAGAAGCUCAACAUCAACCCGGCGCGCUCCAUACUGGACGGUGAGCUCAUCUGGUCAUUCCUGCACCUGCCUCUGCCGGAGAAAGCAGAGAUCGCCAAGAAGAUCGGCGCCAAAGUGGACGAUAUCAUUGAGGAGUUGAUGGACCUUGACAGAAUGACGGCGCACUUCUAGAUCCGUCGCCCACACAUAUAGAAGGCCACAGGGAGGUUGACUGGUUGUUGGGGUUCUUAUUGAUGGGUCUUGUUCUGCGUCGUUCGUUCAUGACAUUCCCUUUCCUACUGAACGCUGAGCUACUCGAGUGAUCCCAUGUGGAGUGUAGUGUGGACUCGUGAAUAAUGGUGGGGGUGAAUGGACUGUGGAAUGCAUGGGAGAAACUUAACCCAUCACUUGUAGGGGAGACACACAGAGUAAAAAGUGUAAUGGGGUGAAUGAGAGACUUGAACCUUACUUCCAUCACUUGUAAGGGAAAGAUGAAGAUUAAGAAGUGUGAUGAGAUGAAUGUAAGAAAACUGAACCUUAUAAUUAUUGUUGUAGGGGAAGCACAAGGAUGAAACAGUGUGAUGGAUUGAAUGGGAGAUAACUAAACCACAUUGCCAUCAUUUGUAAGGGAAAGACAAGGAUGAGAAAGUGUGAUUAGAUUAAUAUAAGAAAACUGAACCUUAUGAUUACUGUUUUAGGGGAACCACAAGGAUGAAAAGUGUGAUGGGAUGAAUAGGAGAUAACUGAACCCUUACUGUCAUCACUUGCAAGGGAAAGAUGAAGAUUAAGAAGUGUUUUGGGAUGAAUGCAAGAAAACUGAACCUUAUCUUUACUGUUUAAGGGGUAACAUAAGGUCAAAAAAGUGUGAUGGGAUGAAUAGGAGAUAACUGAACCCUUACUGUCAUGACUUGCAAGGGAAAGCUGAAGAUUAAGAAGUGUUUGGGGAUAAAUGGGAGAAACUUGAACCUUGCCGUCACUCGCAAGGGAAAGACAGAGACUAAAGAGUGAUGGGAUGAACGGAAAACACUUGAACCCUUUUCCCAUCACUGUUAUAAAAGACUAAAGAGAGAUGCUCAUCCUUCCCUUAACCCGGUAGCUGUGGGGGUCAUGUUUCUUAAAGGCCCCUCUAAGCGAAAAAAUGAGAAAAAAUCAUCAGUCACGCAAACCAUUUCAUAAUAUAUAUAAACGCAUUUGUGAUCAGUUUAUGCAUCAUCUAUUAUGGGGGGUUUAUAUCAUAGCAAAAAUUUGGCCCGUCGCUGGUAUACGGUAAAGCCACAAAUUUGGCCCGGCACUGCUACCGGGUUAAAUGUGGAUUUCCUACAAGAAGACAUCACCAAGCUACAGGAAUGGAGCAAAAAGUGGCUGUUACAAUUCAGUGAAGAAAAAUGUAAAGUCCUGUACCUUGGGAGGGGAUAUCCAACACACCAAUACCACAUGGGAAGCACUCCACUAUCCACCACAGAGGCAGAGAAAGACUUGGGAGUGUAUGUUACCAGGCUACCAGUGAAGGGAUAUCCAGCACACCAAUACCACAUGGGAAACACUCCAUUAUCCACCACAGAGGCAGAGAAGGACCUGGGACUAUAUGUUACCAGGCUACCAGGGAAGGCCAAAUCCGUGGCAAUCGCAGCAGGCGAGUUUAAUAAUAUAACAGGAAGCGUGUCGCCCUGUAUGACCUGUAUGGGAAAGAGGACAUUAGUUGAUGAUGGACACUAAAUGACUUGGGAAAUCAUUUGUUAGUCUCCUGGAGGCCUCAUCACCUUUCCCUUGCUCAUUGUACUAAGGUCUAUUUAAGAUUUUGUAAGAUUCUCCGAUAAGACGUUUCUAUAUAAAGUUUAAUAAAAAGCCAUAAAAAAUGUUA